UCGCCUCUACUGUGCAGAAGGACCUGCUUCUUGGUCCUACCUCUUCCUCGGUCCAGCAGUGACCUGCUUUUACCAGCCGUCUUCUCUCCCUGGCGCCGGCAUCUUCAGUCUUGUGGCCACAGCCAGGUGACCACUGCGCAUUCUCGAAAAGUCACCUGUAGUCUUCUGGUACCUGUCUGCAGUCUCGGGUCAUCUCCUGUACUAUGUCCGCAGUCUCUGGUCAUCUCCUGUACUAUGUCCGCAGUCUCUGGUCAUCUCCUGUACUGUGUCCACAGUCUCUGGUCAUCUCCUGUACUAUGUCUGCAGUCUCUGGUCAUUUCCUGUACUAUGUCUGCAGUCCAUUGGUUCAGAAUAUUUUUUUUCUUGUUUUCCUCCUCU